AUGGGAGCUCAAAAGCUUCCAAAAUAUUUAGAAGAAACCUCCAAUCAAUACUAUUAUAGGUCUUGGUUAAGUCCACAUGAAGAUGUUGUAAAGAAUUCCAGGGUAAAUCCAUCUGGCCCCGGGGCUUUAUUUUUUGGCAAAGCGGCAGUGAUUUGCUCCGGAGUAGGAACCCGUGAAAGAUUGGAUAUGAGAGACAGAGUAGGGAACCACUGCACAACCAAGCAAAUUGAAGUAGUAUUGUUCCACCAUCUGGACCAAGUCAGUUAUCUUGGGAACAAGAUUGAUUUCAUUACUGCUGGUGGUAGGACAACAUCUUAUGUUCCGGAGCUACAGAAACUCACUGGGAAAGACGCGGAAAAAGCAACCAUGGCCAGACCGGGUAAAAACACGAUGGAGAGGAAGAMGAACAAGAAUCUGAGGAAGAAGAUGAUAGUGCUAAACCAAGUAAAGGAGAGAAACCAAAGGGUCGUGGUAAGAAGCCUGCAUCAAAGAGAAAAACAGAAGAUGGUGACGAUGAUAGCUAAAUGCAGGAAUGUGAAUAAAAGGAUUGAUGUUAGUCUGAUCAAGAAAGAGGAUGGGGCUUCUCGACGGAGCUUGAGUUCUAGGCAGAAGACGAAAAAAAGUAGCCAGACUUCACGUAGUAAGAUCCGUGUUAAUAAGCAGAAGGUGACUAAAGUGGUUGAGGCUAAAGUUUUGGAUGAUGAGCAAGAUCUAGAACUUCUAAUGACAAAUGCUACUUAUGGUAAGCUUUUUGGAUCACUAGAGGAUACAGUUCUUGAAUGGAGCCCGCAUAGACGGUCUGGGACCUGUGACAGGAAAUCAGAUUCGUAUUGUUUUUCCACGAACUCUCAGUGA